CCGCAGACGCGAGCUAACCUUACCGCCUUUUUUCGGUUUACGAAUUUCGCCGCUAGAAUGCUACGUCACGUGGUCCAGUUGGCAGUGGUGUUGGCCGUUGUGUGCCUGUGCGUGGCCCUCCCUCAGUCCCAAACCCAGGGCCGCCAAGGACAGGGCCAAAACAGGUUCUUCUUAGGCAACUUCCUCGGUGCCGCUCAGGGUGCUUUCCAGGGCGCUGUGUCUGGCUUCGCAAAUCCGUAUGGAGGUUAUUACAACAACUUCAACAGGCCCUAUUACAACAACUUCAACUACAACCCAUAUGGUGGCUACAACUACUAUGGAUAAGGAGUACGUGGUGGCUGGACGUAUGACCCGUACCUCUCGUAGAAGCUUUGUUCUGUAGGUUUACUUUCAAUAAAACUGAAUUGCAUC